CAUAAAGCGAAGGGGGAAAGUGCACCUCCACACGCAACGGAGGAGACGAGAUCGUUGCUCGGCCAGAUAUCUGCCGCAUUCCUUACACCCAACUUCAAAGAAACCACAAGGAAUCCCGUCCGAGAGCGGCGAAACAAAGCGAGACGGACCCCCCUCGGGCCCAGGCGAUAAAUAAAUCAAUCGAGCGUUCGGCAAGAGGCUACGAUCUACCAAAGGGCGGUGCUACAAAUUGGAACGGAAACUUCUAGGGAGAGGAACCGGAACGAACAAGACAAAAUAGAGCAGAUCAGGUCGUACCAGCGAAAGGCGGCGCUACAAAUCGGAAAGCAAACACAAACCGCUUGUCACAGGAACUGGACCAAAGAGAACGAACCGGCGAAAGAAACGCUCAAUUGCACAAACAAACGACACUCUAGAAUGGGAGACGUUGCGCAGAUACUGGCACCAGCGACACCGGCCCCAGGUCCCCCGAUCGGUGGCGCCAAGCCCGGGGCUUCCGCGGUCGAAAUCGCCGGAAUGUCCAGGGAGGUCAUGGACCUGCUCAAGGGGAAGCACCAGGACCCCUCAUCGGCGGGCCUCCCCCCCAUCGUCCCGACCCUGGUCCCGAGCGCGGGCGCCGAUGCGAGGGUACCCAAACCAGGCGCUCCAAGCGGUGGAAGCGAAAGCGAAAGCAAAAGCGAAACAAGGGUCAAGGUGGGGAGCAAGUGGAUAUCGGCGUCCAAACGGGCCCGGCCCUGGACCUGGGCGCCCUUUGCCUCCUCCAGCCGGACCGACGGGGCGGUCUUCCACCACUGGGUCCGCAAGAACGUCGAGUACACUGACUAUCCCUACGCAAAGUUCGACGUUCACAUGGACCCGGUCGCGUAUACCCCCGAGGAGUAUUCUUCCCACCUCGAGAGCGAGACAUGGACCCGGAGCGAGACCGAUCGGCUCAUGGAGCUGGUCCGGACCUUUGAGUGCCGGUGGCCGGUCAUCCUGGAUCGGUUCGGGGCGGAAUACAGCAUUAGCACUACUACUACUAACAACAACAACAACAACCCUGCGAACGGGAGAACCAUCGAGGACCUCCAGCACCGGUACUACGGUGUCGCGGCAGUCUUAUCGCAGGUCCGGAUCGCGAAGCAGGCGGCCAUCGAAGCGAUGAACCUCUCCGCGGAGGCCACCAAGUCGGCGGCCGCGUCCGCUCCCACAAAAGCCGGAACGGUGGCUGGCGGACCGGCCGCUCCGCCGGCCCCGGCCUCGAACCCCGCAGCGGCCGGAGGGACUCCCUCCAACGCGGCGGUUAGGCCCGCCGCCCACCCGCAGGAAACCACGAACCGCCUGCUCCUAGAAUCGGCAGCCGCAAGGGCCCUAGCGACCUCGGCCGGCCACCACCAGCCGCUGAUCGCGCACGUUGGAACAGGAACGACCAACAAGGUCUUUGACUACGCGAGGGAGAGGCAACGCCGCAGGCACCUCGACCGGCUGUGGAGGCGUAGCAAGGAGGACGAGGAGGAAGAAACCCUCCUUCGGAAGGAGCUCAGGGCCAUCGACGCGCAGCUCCGCAAGCUCAAGAAGCACGGGGGGCACGUCCUGGCGGCAAAAGCGACCGGGGCGCGGGGGGACAAGCGCCAGCAGGUGGCCUCGUCUUCCACGGGUGCGGGACGGACGGGAACGGCCCAGGUGGGAGCCGCCGUUUCGUCUUCCCGCGGGCCCUCGCGGUCCGCGACGCCGGUGCCGAGGUCCACCGGUGCUACCGGUGCAGUUGCCGUGGAGCUCGCCGCUGCCAGCGCCAUCCAGCCAGAGGGCAGCGAUCUCUUGGAAUCCCUGGACAGCUGCUUUUUCUCGACGGCGCCGGUGCCGAUGCAGGGGCACCCCUACCUGCAGUCGGGCCGCCUCGCUCCACCUUCCGCGGGCGGGCCGUCGGGGAUCAACAAGUCCCUCUUGUCCAAGAUGGACAAGGUCCUGCGCGAGCUGAACAUACCCGAGCGGCCGCUCCCCACGAAGCGGGUCUGCGACCUUUACGAUUCCGUGAGAAAGGACGUCCUUUCCCUGAUCACCCUCCAGAAAAUGCUCCUACAGAGGGAGGGCCAGCUCCAGUCCAAGCGCCUACGGCUUUCCCGGAUGGGCGGGGCAUCGGUAGCCCCCGAGGACAAGGUCCUCGACGAGGAAGGCCUGUUCGGAAUUGCGCCCCCUUCCAAGCCAGCGGGUUCUGGCAACGGGACCCCGGGCUCCGCUGCCAAGGCCAAGGCGGUCAAGAGAAAGCCCAGCGCGGGAUCGGGAAAAGCCAAGGCCGCAGGCAAGAAAGGGGCCGGCACGGAUUCCGGCAGCAAGUCCGCAUCGGCCGGUGCCGCCACCGGUUCCACGCCGGCCACGAAGAAAAAGACGGUCAAGCGCAAGCGCAAGAGCGGCGAAUCGUCGGGUAGUACUAAGGGAUCCACCCCCCGGCAGGUCCCCGGGCCGGCCCCCGCAAGGACGGCAACGAAGGCGAGGGCGACUCCGGCCGCGAAGCCCGCGGCACCUGCGCCGGCGAGGCCCCCGGUCCCGGCCCCCGACCAGGCUACCAUGGCGGCCGCCAUUGCGGCCGCGGCGGCCGAAGCGGUGGCGGGGACCACGCCGGUGGUCCUGCCCAAGACGACCGCCACGACCAAAGCACCACCGGCUUCCGAAGGGGCGGCCGCCGGUGGCAGUGGAAGUGCCGCCAAGAGGCCGCGCAAGUCGUAGCAGCGGCUGGGUGGGUGCGUUCACAUCGAGAGGAAAACGAAAUAAAUACUUCGCAUGCCA